GCCAGAGGAGCCGCAGUCUCGGGAGUGCCAAGGCGGUGUUUCGGUAGUCUGUGACUCCCCUCUACCGCGAGCCCGGCGUCGUUGGACUGCACCCCGGGCGGGGACGUCCGCCGGGCAGGGGAGGAGGCCACGAUGCCGAUCAAUAAAUCAGAGAAGCCGGAAAGCUGCGAUAAUGUGAAGGUGGUUGUUAGGUGCCGGCCCCUCAAUGAGAGAGAGAAAUCAAUGUGCUACAAACAGGCUGUCAGUGUGGAUGAGAUGAGGGGAACUAUCACUGUACAUAAGACUGAUUCUUCCAAUGAACCUCCAAAGACAUUUACUUUUGAUACUGUUUUUGGACCAGAGAGUAAACAACUAGAUGUUUAUAACUUAACUGCCAGACCUAUUAUUGAUUCUGUUCUCGAAGGCUACAAUGGGACUAUUUUUGCAUAUGGGCAAACUGGAACAGGCAAAACUUUUACCAUGGAAGGUGUUCGAGCUGUUCCUGAACUUAGAGGAAUCAUUCCAAAUUCAUUUGCUCACAUAUUUGGUCAUAUUGCAAAAGCAGAAGGUGAUACAAGAUUUUUGGUUCGAGUGUCUUAUUUGGAAAUAUAUAAUGAAGAAGUUCGUGACCUUUUGGGGAAGGAUCAGACACAGAGGUUAGAGGUUAAAGAAAGACCUGAUGUGGGAGUUUAUAUCAAGGAUUUAUCAGCUUAUGUGGUAAAUAAUGCUGAUGAUAUGGAUAGAAUUAUGACACUGGGCCACAAAAAUCGUUCUGUUGGUGCAACUAAUAUGAAUGAACAUAGUUCCCGGUCCCAUGCCAUCUUUACAAUUACUAUAGAAUGCAGUGAAAAAGGCGUUGAUGGUAACAUGCAUGUCAGGAUGGGGAAGCUCCAUCUUGUAGAUCUUGCUGGUUCAGAAAGACAAGGAAAAACUGGAGCUACGGGACAGCGCCUGAGAGAAGCUACAAAAAUCAAUCUUUCGCUUUCCACCCUUGGUAAUGUUAUUUCUGCCUUGGUUGAUGGAAAAAGCACUCAUGUGCCUUAUCGUAACUCUAAGUUGACUCGUCUUCUUCAGGAUUCCUUAGGAGGAAAUUCAAAAACCAUGAUGUGUGCAAAUAUUGGCCCAGCAGAUUACAAUUACGAUGAAACCAUCAGUACGUUGCGGUAUGCUAAUCGUGCUAAGAAUAUUAAAAAUAAAGCUAGAAUUAAUGAAGAUCCAAAGGAUGCUUUGCUUCGUCAGUUUCAGAAAGAAAUAGAAGAACUGAAAAAAAAGCUUGAAGAAGGGGAAGAAAUAUCGGGCUCUGAUAUCAGUGGGUCAGAAGAGGAUGAUGAUGAAGAGGGUGAGGUUGGAGAAGAUGGAGAGAAAAGGAAAAAAAGAAGGGGCAGUAGCAGCAGCAGUAGUUCAGACUCCACAUGUUCUGUCAUAGAGAAACCUCUGGAUAAGUUCUUGCCUAAUCAAGCAGGUAAAAAGAAAGUUUCCCCAGAUAAAAUGGUUGAAAUGCAAGCAAAAAUUGAUGAGGAGAGAAAAGCACUUGAAACAAAGCUUGACAUGGAAGAAGAAGAAAGAAACAAGGCUAGAGCUGAAUUAGAGAAACGGGAAAAAGAUCUUCUUAAGGCCCAACAAGAGCAUCAGUCUUUGCUAGAGAAAUUAUCUGCACUGGAGAAGAAGGUAAUUGUUGGUGGUGUUGAUUUGUUGGCGAAAGCUGAGGAACAAGAGAAGCUUCUUGAGGAAUCCAACAUGGAACUGGAAGAAAGGAGGAAAAGAGCAGAGCAACUUCGCAGAGAGCUUGAGGAAAAGGAGCAAGAACGCUUGGAUAUUGAAGAAAAGUAUACCAGUUUGCAAGAAGAAGCACAAGGGAAAACCAAGAAAUUAAAGAAAGUUUGGACUAUGCUGAUGGCUGCGAAGUCAGAGAUGGCUGAUCUCCAACAAGAACAUCAGAGGGAAAUCGAAGGUCUCCUGGAGAACAUUCGACAACUUAGCCGGGAGCUUCGACUUCAGAUGCUUAUUAUUGAUAACUUUAUACCUCAGGAUUAUCAGGAAAUGAUUGAAAACUAUGUCCAUUGGAAUGAAGACAUAGGAGAAUGGCAGCUAAAAUGUGUUGCCUACACAGGAAAUAACAUGAGAAAGCAGACUCCAGUUCCUGAUAAAAAGGAGAAAGAUCCCUUUGAAGUGGACCUUUCCCAUGUGUAUCUUGCCUAUACUGAGGAAAGCCUACGGCAGUCCUUGAUGAGAUUAGAGAGGCCACGGACUUCAAAGGGGAAAGCAAGACCAAAGACAGGGAGAAGAAAGCGUUCUGCAAAGCCUGAAACUGUAAUUGACUCUUUGCUUCAAUAAUGUUACAGACUUACUUACAGUCAAAAUAAAAAUUAGUGAUAUUCUCAUGCCUGGACAAAAUCUUUAAUUAAAACUCUGAAGACUUUUGUGUAAUUUCAAAUAAUGGAAGCUGUAGAUCAUGGAGUAAGACUGGAACUAAUAAUUUACCUAAUAACUUUUAGUCCAUAUAUAUUAAUAUAACAUUAAAAUUGUACAACUGGUAAUUGUUCAAAUUGUCAUAUUACUUUUCAACUUAUACUGUGCAGGGAAGUUGAGGGAAUAGCUCAUACUAUAGAGAGUUGCAGUUUAAAUGUAUACAUAAAUCUGCUAGUGAUUUACUCAAAUACUGUAUAUUUAGAUAACUAGAUAUUCAAAAUA